GGUUUGUACGCUAUAAUGUGACGCAUGUUCUGCUUUACAAGCUGAUCUGACUGAACGUCCUCUAGUUUCGACGACUUUUGCAUUCUAACCGUGACCAUUGCUUAUUUUCACUCGAACAAUGUCUUGCUGUGCUAGUGAUAAGUCUUCUGACUUGACUGCGACCAUGGACGUCCAAUCGGAGGGCGAGGUUCUAGACAGUGUGAAAGAAUAUUAUGGGAAAGUUUUGAAAACUGAUAAAGAUCUGAAGACUAAUGCAUGUACGGGCGGUAUGCGGAUGCCGAAACAUAUACGUGAUGCUUUAUCUAAGGUGCACGAUGAGGUAGUUACAAAAUACUAUGGCUGUGGGUUAGUCAUUCCGGACAGCUUGGAGGGUUGCAGUGUAUUGGAUCUCGGUAGCGGAUCAGGACGAGAUUGUUACACUGUGGCACAGUUAGUUGGUGCUAAAGGCAGCGUUACUGGGAUUGAUAUGACUGAUGAACAGCUUGACGUAGCAAAUAAAUAUAAGGAAUAUCACAGAGAAUUAUUUGGGUACAGUGAGAACAAUGUACACUUCGUGAAAGGAUAUAUUGAAAAACUUGGUGAGGCUGGUCUAAAGGACAACACCUUCGAUGUAAUAAUAUCAAAUUGUGUUGUUAAUCUGUCUCCUGACAAGCGUGCUGUACUGUCGGAAGCAUUCCGUGUAUUGAAACCUGGUGGUGAGCUCUAUUUCAGUGAUGUGUAUGCAAGUAAGCCUGUACCAAAAGAAGUGCAAGAAAACAAAGUAUUAUGGGGUGAAUGCAUAUCUGGUGCUUUAUACUGGGAUGAUUUGAUGAAGAUCGCCAAAGAAGUUGGCUUCACAAAACCACGCUUAGUUACAGCAUCACAUAUCUCUAUAGACAAUGAAAAACUUCAAUCCAUUGUUGGUGACAUCAAGUUUGUGUCAGCCACUUACCGACUGUUCAAGAUACCAGCUGAUGUGAAUUACGAGGCAACCCAAGGAAUCUAUGAUGGCACAAUAACUGCCUGUGAAAAAGGAUUUGUCUUUGACGCUCAGAAUGAAUUCAAAACAGGAGAUGUGGUCAAAAUUGAUUCUGAUUUGGCCACUAUUUUACGGUCCACAAGAUUUGCAGAUGAUUUUAGUUUUCAACCAACAACCGACACAGACCAAUCUAAAGCGGGAUGCUGUCUCCCAACAAAGGAGAACAAUGCAGAUCCUUUUAAAUUCAUGGAAAUAUCUGAUUCAUGCACAACUGGCGGUAAGUGUCAAUUAGGAGGAAGCUGCGGCAGUGGUGGUAGCAAAUCAUGCGGCAGUGGUGGUAGCAAAUCAUGCGCCAGUGGUGGUAACAAGUCUUGUGGCAGCGACAAGUCAUGCGGUACUGGAGCAUGUGGGAAAAAGGAAGAUAGCUGCUGCAAAUCUAAAAGCAGUGGAUGUUGUUAAUUGUGGAUCAGAUCAAACCUGAGAUCUAUGCUUCGGUCUUCUACUAAAAUGUG